AACAUAGUGUAUACAACUGAACUGUUCUUUUUUUACUCCUCACUGUCAUCAGUGUAAACCAGUCGCAGCAGUGAUUGUCUUCUAUGACGAAUGAAUAUGGCGCUCUUGCUGUUCGGUAGUUCGUAUUGGCUGCUGACGUUUGCAAUUGCUCUGAUGACUGCAUGGUACAUGAAACGGUUUAUCAGUCGUCCUCGAAACCUUCCUCCUGGGCCAACAGGUCUGCCUUUCCUUGGUGUUGCUUUUACAAUCUUCAGAUCUGACCCUCUCGCACUAUUCUCAUCAUGGGCUCAUCAGUAUGGUGAUAUUUUUUCAUUCAAUGUCGGCCCGUCUGUGUUAAUUAUUUUGAACUCCUAUGAUGUCGUCAAAGAAGCCUUCAAGCAUCCAGACCUUCAGAAUCGACAUCGAAGCCAAUUGAUGAAAGAGAUAUCAGGAGGAGAGGGCAACAAUGGUAUACUGAUGUCCGAUGGAGGACGCUGGAAGGAGCAUCGGAACUUCGUGCAUUCCGUCUUCCGAAAUCUCGGCGUGGGCAAGAAGAGUUAUGAAGAGAUUGUUACAAAAGAAAUGAAGCAACUUACUGAUGCCAUCGAGGAAAAAAGAGGAACACCGUUCGACCCGAACAUCUUGUUUGGUCAAGCGGUGGGCAAUAUCAUCUGCUCUAUCGUUUUCGGGACACAGUACAAAUACAGCGACAAGGAUUUCAAGCGCAUAUUGGAGCUUGUAAAGAAAAACUUGGAAUUAUUUGGGGCUGCCGGAUGGGUUAUCCUCUUCCCGUUCCCAGGUAUAUCAAAGAUCCCUUUCGGUAAGGUCAGAGACAUCGUGUCCAACACAAAGGAGCUAAACAAGUUUGUCUGGAAAAUGAUCGAAUCUCAUGAAGCGAACUUUGACCCCGAUCAGCAGAAGGAUUUGAUCGAUCAGUACCUGAAUAGGAUGGAACAAGCAAAGGGAACAGAUACAUCAUUUACUCUACGUAACCUAGAAGCUGUAAUCAAAGACCUAUUUUUCGCUGGAACAGAUACCACAACAAACACGCUAAAUUGGUGUAUCCUUUUCAUGAUGGUUCACCCCGAUAUCCAGUCACGUGUCCAGGACGAAAUUGAUCACGUGAUUGGCAGAAACCGCCUCCCGAAGCUCGACGAUCGUCAGAAUCUCCCUUACACGAACGCUGUGUUAAUGGAGAUUCAAAGGAAGGCUGCUGUACUUGCACUCGGCGUUCCCCACGUAGCAGCUGCUGACACACAGGUGGCGGGCUUCACAAUUCCUAAGGGCGCCACCAUUGUUUCAAAUCUGUACAAUGUUCUCAAUCGAGAGGACCUGUGGGAAAACGAUGAUUUUCGACCUGAAAGAUUUCUAACUAAAGAUGGGGAGUUCGUAAAACGGGAUGAGUUGAUAUUUUUCAGCAGUGGUCGUCGGAUGUGUCUAGGUGAACGGCUAGCCAAGAUGGAGACAUUUCUUGGUUUCACAAGUCUCCUGCAAAAAUUCACCUUCGGGAAACCAGACAACUCACCACCGCUCUCUCCUGCCGGAGCACUGGGAAGCACAAGGAACACCGUAUCGUACCUCACCUGCGCCAUCCCAAGACAGCAAAUGGUAUAGGCCGUAGCAUUAUCCCGGGGGCCACUUCCAUUCACG